AUGAAUUACGAUUACUUGACUGACCAGCAGAAACAACAGCUUUAUUUUCAGCAAAUGCAGGCUCAGCAACAACAACAACAACAACAACAGCAACAUCAACAACAACAUCAACAACAACAUCAACAACAACAGCAACAGCAACAGCAACAACUACACUAUAAGCAACAACAGCAACAACAACAGCAACAACAACAGCCUCAGCCUCCCAGACAGCCAUUUACGGCGUUCUUACAACAUAAUGGAUCAAACUCUGACUUACCUCAAAUGGGUACUUUCCAGCAAGAUUUGCAAAGGCAGAAUAUUCCAAAUCUCAGGUUUUCCGAACAAAACCAACCAAGCGAGUUGGAACCGGAAUUUCAGGAUGAUGAUAGCUUUAUGGAUGAAGAUCUCACCGAAAUUCACGAACAGCCUCCCACACACGAAUUAAAUUCAUCACCUAUGGCCCAUCCACAUUCAUUUCAACAAAAUUUUCAAACGCCAACUAAGGACCAUGAUGUGAAUUUAAGGAAUCAGCAGUUUCAAUCUGUUGAUUCUGAGAGAUCCUUGGAUUUUAAGCCACCGGUAACUUUCACUACCCUCAACAACAACAGCAGCACGAACCUUUCCAGUCCUAGCGAAAGUUCAUUCUUGAAGUCAAAUUUAAAUUUACCAACUUCCAACAUUCCUCCAUCAAAUGCACCCAACGAUUCAAAUGCUCAAAAGUCUAACUAUAUAUAUUUUAAUCGUCAACCAAAUUCAUUGAGUAAAAUAUCCCAGGAUAAGGCUUCGUCGAUAAAGUUGAAAUUAGAAAAUUACUAUCAAAUGUCAGUUGCUCAUGCAAUUGAAAGAAACCAAAGACGCUUAGACUUGGAGCAUAAAUUGUUGAAUGAAGAAAGUGGAUCUUCUGAAGAACGUAAAAAUAGACAGUUACAGAAUUUAGGCAAAAAAGAAUCUCAAUUUUUAAGAUUAAGAAGAACAAAAUUAUCCUUGGAAGAUUUCAAUACCGUAAAAGUUAUUGGUAAGGGAGCUUUUGGUGAGGUUAGAUUAGUUCAAAAAAGAGAUACCGGUAAGAUCUACGCUAUGAAAACAUUAUUAAAGUCAGAAAUGUAUAAGAAAGAUCAAUUAGCGCAUGUUAAAGCAGAGAGAGACGUGUUGGCGGGCUCUGAUUCGCCCUGGGUGGUUUCUUUAUAUUACUCAUUUCAAGAUGCCCAAUAUUUAUACUUGAUUAUGGAGUUUUUACCAGGAGGAGAUUUAAUGACUAUGUUGAUUAGAUGGCAAAUAUUUACCGAAGACAUCACUAGGUUUUAUAUGGCCGAGUGUGUAUUGGCUAUCGAGGCAAUUCACAAGUUGGGAUUUAUUCACAGAGAUAUCAAACCAGAUAAUAUUUUGAUAGAUAUCAGGGGUCAUAUAAAGUUGUCUGAUUUUGGGUUAUCGACCGGGUUCCAUAAGACUCAUGAUUCUAAUUACUACAAGAAGUUACUCGAAAAGGAAAAUUCUAAUCAUACCAACCCACACAAUGGCAACCUUCAAGCACCAUCAAUGGCAAACAACAAUAGGAAUUCCAUGAUGGUGGAUGCAAUCCAUUUAACCAUGUCCAACAGACAACAAAUGCAGACUUGGCGUAAGUCCAGAAGACUUAUGGCAUACUCGACAGUUGGUACCCCCGACUACAUUGCGCCAGAGAUAUUCGUGCACCAAGGAUACGGCCAGGAAUGUGAUUGGUGGUCGCUUGGAGCUAUCAUGUUCGAGUGUUUGAUCGGAUGGCCUCCUUUCUGCUCUGAAACUCCCCAUGAAACCUACAGAAAGAUUCUCAACUGGCAGGAAACUCUCCAGAUUCCAGACGACAUCCACUUGUCGCCUGAGUCUGAGGAUUUGAUUCGUAAGCUUUUGACAAACGCAGAAAACAGACUUGGCAGAUACAACGGCGCCGACGAAAUCAAACUGCAUCCCUUCUUCCGUGGGGUCGAUUGGGACACCAUCAGAAAAGUCGAUGCACCCUUCAUUCCUAAGCUUCGUUCCAUUACCGAUACCAGAUUCUUCCCUACAGACGAGCUCGAAAACGUUCCCGACUCCCCUGCAUUGUCAAAAGCAAUGGAGCAAAGAGAACAGGUCCUACAAAAUGGCGGAAAUGUCAAAGAAGACUUGCCAUUUAUCGGCUACACUUACUCGAGAUUCGAUUACCUUACAAGAAAAAAUGCUUUGUAA